AUGGCAACGUUUGGUUAUCGUUUUGCUCAUAAAAAAUACAUCGUGCGAAUAUCAAAAAUUCCUUAUCAUAAUGUAACUCGGUAUAAUAGAUUUUCAACCUUAAAUGUUAACAAAGGUCAAAACUCUCAAAAUGAAAAUAAAAAUUCUUCCCGUCUUAAAUAUACAUUUGGUUCGAUAGUUAUUUUAGGACUUGGUGGAGUAAUUUAUUAUUAUUUUAAAAACAAAAAAGGAAAUCAAUUUAUCAAUAAUUCAGAUUAUCAACAUCAUAAAAUCAUUCUUUCACCUGCUGAAGCUACAUCAAAAUUACGUAAAAAUCAAGUCUCAUUUUUACUACAACGUAAUAAUGGAGUAUAUCGUUAUGAUACAAAUCAAUUGGAAUCAAAUAGCCCAAUUGAGGAUUUUAAAAGUGAAGAAAUCGACACCAAUACAAAAAGUGGAGAGGAUAGAUUAUUUUUUGGAGUAUUUGAUGGUCACGCUGGUUGGAAUACUUCAUUAUUAUUAAGUAAAAAGUUGAUUCCAAGUGUUAAAGAACAACUCAACAAAGCUUAUGAUGGAUAUGGAGAAUAUGCCAAAUUGUUUCCAAAUAAAAAAGAAUUAAUUAUAAAAGCUAUUCAAAAUGGAUUUGUUGAAUUAGAUGAAGAAAUUGUUUUUCAUUCAAUUAGAAGAUUAUUGAAUACCCCACCAAGUGAAAUGGGUGGAUUAUCUUAUAUUAAUGAAAACCUAUUAUCAGCUUUGUCUGGUUCUUGUGCAUUACUUGCAUAUAUUGACUCAGCUACCAAAGAUCUUUACGUUGCUUGUACUGGCGAUUCAAGAGCAACUCUUGGUGUUUAUGAUUCAAAAGCUGACGAAUGGAAAGCAGUUCAGUUAAGUGAAGACCAAACAGGCAGAAAUGAAAGGGAAAUAAAAAGAAUAGAUAAAGAACAUCCCGGUGAAGAAGGUAAUAUUGUUAUAAAGGGUAGAAUGUUUGGAUCAUUGGAACCAACACGUGCAUUUGGAGAUUCAAAAUUUAAAUGGGACAAAUCUUUACAAGAAUUGAUUUUUUCCAAAUUUUUCAAUGAAAAACGUGGAACUCCAGGAGGAGACAGAUACAAAACUCCACCCUAUGUUACAGCUAGGCCUGAAGUCACUCAUCAUAAAAUUGGUCCGGAAGACAAGUUUUUGGUUUUAGCAACGGAUGGACUUUGGGAUAGAUUAUCAAAUGAGGAAGUCGUAAAACUUGUGGGAAAUUUAAUUGAAGGUCAACGCAACAAAAAAGGUGAUGACAACGACAUUAAAGCUAAAGUACUUCCUAUCGGAGAAUUUGAAAAUAAAUUUGCACAUGUGGACGAAAAUGCAUCUACUCAUUUGAUACGUAAUGCAUUCGGGGGUGCUUCUGAAGAUGUUUUAUGUGCGAUGUUAUCUCUUCCUGCACCCAUGUCUAGAAGAUGGCGAGAUGAUAUUACUGUCACAGUGAUAUUUUUCGGGAAAGAUUGA